AUCUUUGCCGCUGGUGUCGCUAGCUGCGCGGCGCGCUAGCACAUGGCGGCAGCGAAAGGUUGCGAAGAGUGUUGCGGGAAAUAAUACGCCAAAUUUCCUGUGGCUGCAUUUGCACGAAGAGACGGUAUCAUGGCAGCUCAAGCCGUCCCGAAGGUGCGUAUCCAGCUGCUGCUGAAAGGUUGUGCAAACCGACCCUUCUACCACCUCGUGGCAGCACGACUGCGGCGACGGCCCCGUGACGAGGACACCAUCGAGCAGAUCGGUUCCUUCGACCCGAUGCCCAACGAGCGUAAUGAGAAGUUAGUGGCCGUCAACUUUGACCGGCUUAAUUAUUGGUUUGGGCAGGGAGCCAAGACGAGUCCUGGAGCAGGCAUGCUCUUAGGUUUGGCAGGGUACACAAGCGUGCAUCCGAAAGUCUACAUGAAGGCGUGGAGGAAACGGCGUGCAGCCAUUGCGGAAGAGGAGAAGGCUGCGAAGGAAGCCGCAGAAGCAAAGGACGAGGCAGCCAAAGCUGAGAGCUAGGAUUAAAAUGCUGUGUGUUUGUUCUUUCGUGUCCCAGAUAAUAGUGUCGAAGUCGGCACACACAGUAAUAAUAAUGGUGCUGAACUUUGCUUGAAGUGCACUUUAAGUCGUAGUGUGUGUGUGCUAGCUGGAUCUGUUAGAAUGUGUGAAGGUGCUUUCAUAUGUUUACCUGGACUAGACAGAAAGCAGUUGUGGCUGAUAAACUAAUAAAUUUUAGAAAUUACCAAUGGGCCA